AUGUACGGGGGCGAUGAAGUUUCCGCGAUCGUCAUGGACGUCGGAACACACUCCGUUAAAGCAGGAUACGCGGGACAGGACACACCGAGCGCGGUGUUUUCAUCCUCUGUCGGACGAGGCACCGGGCAACUGGGCGGUCCAUCGAAGGAUUCCGACGCGGAAAUGAAAGACGCGGACGACCCGCACGAUAUGAAACCGAAAUCGAUCCAAAACACAAACAUAUUUCGAAAGUCUCCUCAAGACAAGGAUUUUUUCGUCGUAGACUCGGAUAACAUCCGGAGAGACGACGUUGAAUAUUGCUCUCCAUUUAACGCGGACGGCGUGUUGGACGAUUUAGACGCGUACGAGGCGAUAUGCGACCAUGUGUUUCGAGGUAGGUUGUGCGUGCAAACGGCGGAACAUCCUAUUCUUUUGAGCGAGCCGGUACUGACGCCGGAGGCGAACCGGGAGAAGAUCGUGGAGUUGUUGUUUGAAAAGUAUAAAUUGCCGGCGGUUUUUUUGGGUAAAAAUCCUGUUCUCUCCUGUUUCGCGAGCGGGAAGGCGACGGGCUUGAGCGUGGAUGUUGGUGGACGCGCGGCGACGACGUGCGCGGUACACGAGGGGUACGCGUUGGUGAAGAGCGUGAUUCAAUCGAAAGCUUUAGGCGGAGAUUGCUUGACCGAAACCACUUUACGAUACAUGGAAGAGAAAAUGAAAAACGAAGUUAAACCUAGAUACGCGUUCAAGAAGAAGUUACAGACGGGUGGAAAGAACGACGGCGAGUUUAAAAUUGAAAAUUUAUCCUUUCCGAAAACGUCCAAAUCGUACAACUUGUUGAAACGACAUCAGAUUGCAGAGGACGCGAAAGCAAGCGUGAUGCGAUUAUCGGACGUGCGUUUGGAUUUAAAAAACAGCGAAAUCAACCAAAUGCCUACGGUACAGUACGAGUUGCCCGAUGGGAACACCAUUGAAGUUGGCGUGGAAAGGUUCAUCGUUCCGGAAAUUAUGUUCAACCCGGCCAUCGUGGACGAGCUGAAGUUGAAAGGACCGCCAGUGGUGGACGACAUGCAAAACGCGAUGUCGUUGCCGGCACAGGUUUUAGCGAGCAUUCAAAACGCGGACGUGGACGCCAGAAAGGAUUUGUUUGGCAACGUCAUCUUAACCGGUGGUGGAACCAUGUUUGUCAAUUGCAAAGAGCGAUUGGAAAGCGCGAUUUUCGACCACGCGCCGCAAAAUGUCAAGACGAAAGUCACCGCGAGUCAAAACGCAGUCGAACGACGAUUCGCGACGUGGAUUGGUGGGAGUAUUUUAGCCUCGCUGGGGUCUUUUCAGCAAAUGUGGAUGUCCAAGGCGGAAUACGAUGAAUACGGUGUAUCGCACAUUCACAAAAAGUGCCCUUAA